GAAAGUGAGCAACAUUAUAGUUUGGGGGGUGAACGGUUUUUGUGACGCAACCUGCUGUCCUCCCUACACCCCUUUUACCCCGGGCGCCAUUCACAAGUCGCCCGCGAGGCUGUAGGAAGUCAGGCGCGAGGAGAAGGAGGGGGAAUCUGCAAUCGAACGGCGCGAGCGGCAACGUUCCAUUGGCGGCGCGAGGUUGCCGGGGUUGUACGUCGUCGCGAGCGUUGCCGCGUCCGUUUGUAAACAGAUGCUGACACGUGAUGUGAGGAGUCCGCAUUGUCUCGGAGAUCUUUCUGGAGAAGCGACAGAAGGAAGAGGAGGAGGAGGAUAGGGAGAGUCGGGGAGAAGAAUUAAGGAGUUCGUGUCGAGCCCGAGCCGAAGGGGGACGAGAUCUAAGGCUACUUUCAGCAGCAGUUAUUAGCAACCGGCGACCGCCCGCGGGUCUGGAUGGUGGGACAGUUGCGGCUGAGGGGGCAGGCGGCGGUGGAGGAGGAGGAGGAGGAAUGGUGUGAGCCAAGAUGGCUGGUCCAGCUCUGAACUUGUAACGGAUGGUGUGGCCGCAAUUGUCUCCUGGCGUGGGGAGAUAUUCUCCUUAUUUUCCAGCGUCCCUUAUCUUGGGUGGGCAGAGCGUGUAGACGAUGUCAUUCGCCGUGGAAGACAACUUGGAGUCGGACUGGGUGGCUGUGAGACCCCACGCCUUCGACGAGAAGGAAAAACACAAGUUUGUUUUCAUCGUGGCUUGGAACGAAGUGGAAGGAAAGUUUGCCAUAACCUGCCACAACAGGACUGUCCAGAGGAAGAGGAUUGGAGCGAGGGACCAGCGAUUAAGGCGGGAGGUAGAGGAAGAUGAGGAGGGGGCCCAGAAAUCCCAGGGAUUCCAGGCCGGGAGCUCAGUUCGAUGGGAUGCUGGGGUCCAGAGUCCGGCCCGGAGUGGAGAGCCUGGUUUCAGAAGUCCAGCCCGAGGACGGACCAGCAUCAAGAGCCCAACAGCAAGGGAAAUCGGAGUAAGGAGGCCACCUCAAGAAGAACCGGGGCUCUCUGCGGUUCCUUUGGGCGAUACAAGAUCGAUGGAUUGCCUUGUAAGUGAGGCAGAUAUUUCAGGCCCGGUUCAGGAUACUGUUCAUCUCCAAGAUUCUGCCAAGGCAGCCGAUAGGGAUCAGGACCAAGAGAAGGAUAUUGUGAUACCCGAUGAUUGUAGCUGGGCUGGUCUGUUCUCCUUCCAGGAUUUGAGAUCCAUUCAUCAGCAACUUUGUGCCGUGAAUUCGGAGUUAGAACCUUGUUUGCCAGUAUUUCCUGAAGAACCCUCAGGGAUGUGGUCAGUGCUCUUCGGUGCAUCUGAAGUGAUUGAUGGAGAGAUGGACUCGCUGUGCUUACAACUUCAAGUUUACCUUGGCCAUGCUCUGGAUGUCUGUGGAUGGAAAAUUCUUUCUCAUCUCCUGUUCACUGAAAACGAUAACCCGGAUGAAUAUUAUGAGAGCUUGAGUGAGCUGAGGCAGAAAGGAUAUGAAGAGGUAUUGCAGAGAGCCAAAAAGCGGUUGCAGGAGCUUUUGGAGAAACACAAGAUCACAGAGGUUAUGGUAGAAUUGCUGGAACUUUACCAGGAGGAAGAUGAUGCUUAUGUUGCUUUAUCUGAAGCAACUACAGAACUCUACCAAUAUCUACUCCAACCGUUUCGAGAUAUGAGAGAAUUGGCUAUGCUGCGACGCCAGCAGAUAAAGGUAAGAUUUUGCAGUUUAACUCUUUCUUGGCAUAUAAAUACAAUUCCUCUAAGUACUUCUGUAUGUGGAGAAAUGAAAGGCACAGCGUAUCCCACAAAUGAGACCUAA